AUGGGGAUAAUCAAAGCAUUGGAAAAUGUAAUUGCUAAACAUUUCAAAAUUCUGGGUGCCUUCAUUGGAAGGCAACCAAUUCGGAUAAUCGUCACAAUGCUGCUUAUGACGAGUUUAAUGAGCCUAGGAAUGUUAAGGCUCAUUGAGGUUAAUAAUGUUAGGACUGAAUAUUCACCCAGUGAUGCACCUAGCAGAAUUGAAUAUGCUGUUGCUAUGAAUUUUCUUGGACAGAAUGGUACACUGGAUCCGGUAUACGUUUUAAUUGAAGCACGUGACUAUGGAUCGUUAUUGCGUGACAAAUAUCGGAAAGCAUUAAUGCAAGUAAUUAAACAAAUUCAAUCAAAUAUUACAAUUCAACACAAUGGUCAACAAUACGGUUUUAAAGAGUUAUGCGAGCCAUAUUGUGAAUUAAACUCCGCUUUUAUGGCAUUUUUAAGACUUUAUGAUCCAACAAAUCAAAUUACACAUACAUAUCCAAAUAUUGAUCUUUUUGGAUCACAAAUUUUCAUCGGGAAUAAUGUUUACAGUGUGGAACUUAAAGAGGGUACCAAUUUUAUCAAAUCAUUCUCAACCGCAGUUAUUGAAUUGUUUAUUAGCGCACCGGAAGAAAAAAUUCUGUACGAAUGGCAAUUGGAAAUAAAACGACAAUACAAUGAGGAGGAAUUUCGAUUGUUUACUAUUGGUCUCACUAGUGAUUGCUUAGUUUCUGCAGAAGUUCGUCGGAUGGGUCUAGAAACUACGCCAGUUCUUUUUGGCUCAAUUUGUAUUAUGAUACUUUUUGUUGUGGUCACAUCGAUCAGGGAAAAUCCGUUAAAAAGUAAACCAUGGGAAUCGCUUAUUGGUAGUUUAAUACCAAUUCUCGCAAUUUUAAUGUCAACUGGUAUACUGUCACUCUGUGGACUUCGAUAUCAGUCAAUUGUUGCUGUGACAUAUUUUUUGGUAUUAUCUGUUGGUGUUGAUGACGUAUUUAUUAUACUACGUGCAUGGGAUCGAAUAAGUAUUGCAACACCAAUACCAGAACGAUUAGCUAAAACAUUAGAAAAUGCUGGGCCUUCAAUUACAAUUAGUUCACUUACCAAUGCUUUAUCAUUUGGCAUUGGUAUCUUUUCAUCAACGCCAGCAGUACGUACAUUUUCAAUUUAUUCGUGCUUUGCUAUUAUUGUUUGUUAUUUCUUUCAAUUAAUUUUAUUUACUGCAGUAUUAGCUGUAAGUGGUAAACGUGAACAGAAUAAUUAUCAAGCAUUAUUUUGCUGUUUAAAAGCUGAUCCUAGAGCGCGGAAUCGAACUGCUGAAAAGAUAACGCAAUUUCAAAGUUGGCUUAUAAAAUUAUGGUCUUUUAUAAUAACGACAUGGUCUGCAAGAGCAUUACUUAUGGCGGUGUUAGCAAUAUAUUAUUAUAUAUCUCUUCUGGGUAUUCUGAAAAUGGAAGCUAAAAUUUCGGUCGAAAAAAUGGCUCUUCCGGAUUCAUAUCUUCACAAUUUUCAAUUUGUUCUUGAAAAAGCUCUUCAAAGUAUGCAACCAAUUACUAUUUUUGUUAUGAAUCCAGGUGAUCUAAGAGAUCCUGAUCGACUUAAUGGUAUUAAAUCAUUGGUAUCAGAAUAUGAGCAUAGUCUUCAUAGCUAUGGAAAUAAAUCGACACUCUUUUGGCUUCAACAGUAUAAUGAAUUCUUAUCAUUUUAUGGUGAAUCAGAUGAAUUCACAUAUACAGAAAUUCCGGCAUUUUUUAAAUCUGCAACAUAUUUUUUCUUUAAUACAUUUGUGCAUAUGAACGAAACUGCUUGUUAUAACAAUCAACCGGAAUGCAUUACUUCUUUCUUUUUUAUCACUAAUUUUCAUGGGGUUAUCAGAUAUGAAAAAAUGAUACCAGCUGUUGUUGACUGGAGACGUAUAGCAGCAAAAUAUUCCGAUUAUGGAGUAUAUCCAUAUAGUGAUCAUACUCCCUUCGUUGACCAAACCAUAGCAAUCAAAGGAACUAUAUUGUGGAGUGUGAUAGCAGCUUUGUGUUGCUCGGCAACAGUCUGUUUCAUCUUUAUUCCAAAUCUAAUCAGUAUUGGCUGCGUGGUUUUUUCAGUAUUCAGUAUUAGCUUUGGCAUAUUUGGUCUGUUAUCACAUAUGGGAGUAGACUUGGAUCCGAUCACUAUGGCUGCACUUCUAAUGGCGAUUGGAUUUUCAGUGGAUUUUACAACUCACAUUAGCUAUCAUUACUGUAGAACAACAGCUAAGGACAGCAGAGGUCGCCUUGAAGAAGCACUGAAAAUAAUUGGUUGGCCAGUGUUACAGGUGGCUAUUUCUACUUUUGUGGCACUUUUGCCAUUGUUGUUGAAGCAAUCGUACUUGGCAAUGGUAUUCAUGAAAACUGUCUUAAUUACAUCAGCGCUCGGUGUUUUCCACAGUCUCAUCGUACUUCCAGCUUUACUUACUAUUAUUAACUCUUAUGUGGAAGGAUCAUCUGAAGAAAAAGAAAAUUAUAGACUGCGAAAAGCGAUCAACAAAAUUAAAAAUGAGCUCAAGAAAACACAAUAUAAGAACGGAGUAACACAAAUAGGUGGCGAUAAGAGGGAAACAAAAAUAGCACCGAUCUCAAAACUAGACAUUAUUAGUACCAAAGCUGAAGCAUAUGUUCAUAAAAUAGAACUUGGUAGAGUUUUAUCAUCUCCAAUGUCAAUCUGUGAUAAAGAAUGA